AUGACGGUCGGAACGACAAACGCGGCGAGGAGAGAGGAGCGAGGAGCUUCCCCGUGCGCCACUUUACGACUUUGCUGGCUGCUGGCUCGCGCUUUUUGGCUUUCGUUUUCGGUUUCGCUUUCAACCUCCGAAGCGGCCGAAGCGCUUGCUGGCCAGGCCCUCCCUGCGUCCAUCGUGCAAUUACAGCAGCAAUUUAGGCUGGGACGAAGGUCGGGCGGACUUUGUCACCGCGCUGGCUGGCUGCCUGACUGGCGGGCUGGCGGGCUGGCGGGCUGGCUCGGUUGGGUAAGCGGUGCGUUGGGCGUCUUCCGGUGCACAUGGCACCUCGGCACCAGCAAAACGCCUCCUUCGAUGCAGCCGUGCCUGCAGCGCGCUCGCUCGUUUCGGGUUGCGAUGCAAAUCUUUCCCAGGCUCGACGUUGAGGCCGCAUGCCUCUCAACCAACGCAGGCACGCCAGCCCAUCUGCACACUGCAUCGCGUUGCGUCCACACACUCGAACCGCCUUGCAUCUCGCGACAACCGUUUCGCCACGCCCAAGGCCAACCUUGGGAGCCGCGCUUCUUUCGCAUUGGAGCGAGUGCCGAUUCGCAGCGCUUCGUCUCUCGUCCGCCUUCCGAUGCUCGUGUCUCUGCCCUGCUUCGACCCUGUUGCCAACACACGCUAAACCCGACCGACAGUGGUGGCGUCGAGUUUGCGUGGUCCCACACAUACCGGCCUCGGGAUACCGUACAUCUCUACUGCACGGCCCGGGCGUGCAAGCGCAUCAAUGGAAGCCGCUCCAGCUCGAGCUCGCUUGGCAGUCUCGUAAGGUACCCACGAUCUGCACCCUUCAUGCUCUCUUUGCCAAGUGUGGCUUGGGCCCCAUCGCCGUCCGCCAAAGUCCAGUUCGUCGUCGUCGCCCUCCUCCUCCAUCCUUCUUCCGCAUCUCUCUCAUCCCUGACCGGCUCUUCCAAGUCCCCGACGCAUCAAUCGAGGCUUGCCCUCCAAGCAACGUCUGUAUCGUCAUCAUCAUCUUCAGCAUCCGCUCGACGAACCAUGGCGGCAGCUCAGCGCGGUCGCUACUACAUGGCGCCGCACACUCCGCAGGCUCACAAGGCGGAAGCCAUGUACCGUCAGGCUUCGGGCGAGUACAGCUUUGACUCGGUCCGAUACGCUUCCAACGCGAGCCAGCCCAGCCUCUCGCACAGCAUCGCCACGUAUCCCGAAUCGACUCCUUCGUCGGUCUGCCGGCCGGAGUUCGGCGACUAUCCGCACGACAUGGCGCACAGCGACUGCGGAGCUAGCUUCAUCUCCGAGGUCCCACCUUCGCUCGACGACAAUUCCGACAUCGAUGAGGCUCGCUCCACCAACAGCUCCAAGCCCACCUUGAUCAAGUUUGUCGAGCCCGUCGUGCAGCGCGACCACCACACUGGCCAGCAGCGUCUGACGGGCAUGAAGAAGAAGAUGCAGAAGAAGAAGUCCGCGCAGGCGCUCCAGUCGGAUGCAGACCUCAGCGUCCACCACUUACCCAUCCUUGGCUUUGACGACGGCCUUUCUAGGCACCCAUCCGAGCAGGGCAUGUUGAAGGAUGCGAUGCACUUCCCCAGCGUGCCUCCUCGAGACGGCCGCAUCGCGCCCAAGCACGAGCAGUGGAACGUCGACACGAUCGACAUUGCGCUCGACGAUCUCGUGCUCGAAAAAGGCAAGACCCGAUCGAUGCUCGUAUCGCCAAGCUCGUCCGUCGAUACAGCCGUGGUCUCGACGGCUUCCGACCUGCGCGCCAAGGCCGCAGCCAUGAGGGCGUCUGCCUCGGUGCUCGAUGAAGCCAGGCAGGAUGACCUGCAGUACAGGGCCCAGCCACGUGCGCGUACGCUGAGCAACGCUCCGCGAUCUCCGCGUCGUCUGCCUGCAGACAUGCCACCCUUGCCGCCACUGCCUUCGGGCCUGGUUCAAUCUGCCAGCGGCAACGUUUUGGCUGGCUUGCAAACGGCGGCCGAGCAUCCUCUUUCGACACCCGACAUCCCCAGCUCUCCUGCCAGGAGCGUGGCCAGCGGCGCUGCCUUUGCUCCUCGCAGCAGCGUCAGCAGCCAGCUUCGAUCCGCCCAGUACAGCCCCGACGAGGAGAAUGUAUUUGCCUUUUCUCCGCCCAGCCUGUCCGGGCACGGCGAGGAGGCGACGCCUACGUGUGCAGAGCUUCCAGCUGCACGGGGCAUGGCCAACCGGCUCGGCUCGAUGGCCUCGUCCAACCAUAGCAGCCUGAAGGACAUGGAUCCGCGCGAGGUGAUCCAGCGAGCGCGCAUGCAGUCAAUGAGCUGCGGCCUUGAUGCCGAGAUCGCCGGCUCGGUUGACCUGGCCGAAGAGUCGUCGAGCAUCGACUCGGCGACACGAGGACCAUCGGGCGUCCAGGCUGAAGACUUACCGCCUCUGCUGUCGAACCACUAUCUGCAGGGCAGCGAGUUCUCGUCCAUCGAUCAGGCCGAAUACGAGCGCCUCCACCGUCUGCCCGAGAGAAUGCAGGCCGCUGCUGCUGCUGCCGCGGCCGCGUCGGCAGCGGGUAGCCACCGCCUCUCGCACAAGCACCUGUCCAAGCACAGGAAGGGGGCUGGCGCUCCCUCGGCUGUCAACCACUACGAGCCCAUCAGCAUCCUGCGCGCUGAGGCCGCCUUCCUCAAGGACGACGUCAAGAAGACGGACAAGGAAAAGAAGAAGAAGCUCUGGCAGACGCCGAGCAGCAGCAGCAGCGUCAGCAGCCGCUCGCACGCCGCUUCGUCGCUCAGCCGCACUGGCAUCUACUCUUCCACGUCGGACGUGUCGUCUGUGUCCGAUAGCCAGCACCGCCUCAAGUCGUUCAAGUCUUCCAUCCGUCUCAAGACGAUGAAUGCUGCGAGUGCUGCGAGUGCUGCGAGUGCUACCAGCAGGUCUCUCCGUCCCGGUACCGACGAGCCACACUCCUCGUCCUGCUGCAACUCGGAUCAAAGUGGAGAUCGCUUCGGCCUGCGACCCACCCUCCUUCCGCCUUUCAUACAUACUCCUGCUGCAUCCUGCUCCAUUCUGCUCCAUUCAGCCUCCAUCAACAUCACCCCGCCGCCGCCGCCGUUUUCGUUCCGCUGCAGUUCGGCAACGCGCAUUCCCGGCCGCACGCUCGAGCCGCGUCCGCUCCGCACCGCCUCACCGAGCGCACACCGGCUUGGCCUUAUCGUUUCGGUCCUUCAUCUCAUCGCAGCUUCAAGGCUUCCAUCCCGUUCUGCCCCUUCCUCGCCGCGUCUCUCCCAGCACGACGCCAGCCGGCCCGCGCCGAUCCCUGCUCUGCGCUCCGCACCGGCUCGGUCGCCUGCAUCCAUCGGUCGCCACGUCGAAACGGUCUCGUCUGUAGCCCAUCGGAUCCCGGCGUCUCCGCAUCCAGCCUCCAUCCAGCCACAACCACCUGUGCAUGCGCGUCGAGGGUCGUGCUCGGCGCCGCCCUUGUCAUCCGACAAUCUGCACAGCAUGUCAUCCGGCCCAAUGCGCAUCACCGACGAUGAGCUCAAGCGCGAGGUAGAGGCGCUCAAAUCCCACCGCAGGCUCUCCGUCAAUAGACCCGUCCUCGAUCCGGACCUCCCAGACCUUGCAGCCGCCUACGGCGGAGGUCAGGAGCUCCUCUCGGCCCCAUCCCCAGAGCGCGAGAGGCGCGGCUACAGCUUGGUCGACGAUGGCGCCGUCCCAAUACGAAGCCCUUCCUCCUCUUCCUCCGUCUCGUCUCUGUCGCCCGCCAAGAGCGUCUCCAACGAGCGCGCCCGCUUCACCGCCCGGCGCAGGGGACAGGGCUCCCACCAUUCGUCAGGCUCCGAAACAGGUGCGCUUUCGCCCGUCUCGGCUUCCCCGACCAGCGAAGCCUUCGACUCUAGACCCAUCGCCACCUCGCCCACCAGCAUCGGCCCUUCCAGCCCACAAUCGCCCAAGGAUCCCAGCCACCUCUUUUGGGUCCCUGCUUCUGUCCAUCCGGAAAUCUCGCCCUCCGACUUUCGCAACUUUAUCAAGGAGCAUGCCGCUCGCGCGGUCAGCCAGCACCACGGUGGUGCCGACGCCGAGAGCGACGACACGCUCCCGCCCCUUGCCGUCGGCGACUCGCCCAUCGCCCAGAGGCUGGACUCGGUGCGUCGACAGCAACAGCAACAGCAGCAGGGCCACUCGCAGACGAACGACGCCCACGGCGCGCUCCUCGGCCGAUCCACCUCGCUUUCACGACGCGGCAGUACUCUGCGCCGUCAGUAUCGACCGGAAAACGACACCGACGAUGGCGAUGACGACAAGACCCCGCGCCCACUGCAGCGCAAUCGCAGCGGCCUCUCCCGCGGCACCUACGGCCUUGCGAUACCCAACUUGACCAUCGACGAUCUCCAGAAGCUCGAGGCAGCCGCCGAGGAGGCGAGCCAGACCCAGGACCCCGCCAUGCUUCGAAGCGUGUUGCGGCGCACACUCAGCCUCAACACCACCUCCGACCUCGACACUGUCGAUGCCGUGCCGGCUCAACCCAUCGAAGACCCCGACGCGCCCAUCAUUGUGCCCAAGCCCGGUCAGAUCCUCCGCCGAGCUGCGCGCACCAAGAUGCGCAAGGCUUCGGGCGACUCGACGCGCGGAAGUCUCGCCUCGCGCAGGCGCGCGCCUCUGGGCACUCCCGAUGCGGAUGCAGCCGCCGUCGCCGAGGGCAGUCGUGCCUGGGAGCUUCAGCAAAGCAACUCCGAAGACAUGGAGAGGCGGCACAGCGGCCAGUCCGAAGUCUCGUGCGGUGCCGACGACUCGUCGUCCGCUGGCGACAGCUCGUCACGCCCCGUGUCGACCGAGGCGACCGACUCUAUCGUCGACGCUUACUCGCGAGACUCGUACCAAUCGGACGCCUCGCAGCGCACCAGCGUCACCUCGAUGGUCGACAGCUCCGCCUCGGAGACCACCCCGGCCGCUUCCACUGGGCAGCCCGAGCCGCUGAGCGAUUCGCCCCCGCACACGCCCACACAGGACUCGUUUGCCACCAUGCCUGGCGCCAAAGCGCUCACGGAGGGCGCCCACUUUGGUGCUGCUCCGGCGACAGCGCCCUCAUAUCAGCAGCAGCCUUCAUCCAGGAUGCCAGAUCCUCAUCAGACUCCCCGACCUGAUUCCAAGGCGCCCGCGAACAAUCAGAUCAAGCCGAUCCCGGUGUCGCAUGUACCGCCGGUGCCUUCGUUCGAAAAGACGACGCCGCAGCAGCAACAGCAGCAGCAGCAGCAGCAGCAGCAGCAGCAGCAGCAAAAGACAAGUCGACCGUCCUCGGCUGGCAGCACCGCCUCGUAUGCUUCGAAUGCCGCGGCUUCGGAUGCCGAGGUGGCUCAGAUGCCGCCUCGACCUGCCCCGGCUGCUGCCGGUUCCAAGCCGCAGAUCACACCUAUCGUCACGGGCCAGCAGCGACCGCCAGCUCAAGCACAAGCGCCUGCUCCGCCCGCUUCGAGCAGCUCCAAGCACAAGGAGAAGGAACGCAAAGGCGCAUUCGGUCUCUCGUGGUUUGGUCUCGGCAAGGAUGACGAAGAUGAGCGCAAGGCGGAGAAGGAAUCGCAACGCAAGCGCGAAAAGCACGAGAAGCGCGAGCGUAAGGAACGCGAACGUGAGGAAAAGGAGAAGGAGGAGAGCAGCUCGUCCAGCUUCCUUGGCGCCCUCUUUGGCAAGAAAAAGGGCCACGACGAGGCUGUGCACCAGGCCCCGCCUCGCCCUACCAACGGACAGCUCACGGCCGGCAGCUUGCUGGAGCGCAACGAGAUGGGCAUGUAUGGCAAGAACGGUGCAUUCUUCUACGCGCGCUACCCGAUCCACAUCGAGCGAGCCGUCUACCGCCUCAGCCACAUCAAGCUCGCCAACCCGCGCCGUCCGCUGUACGAGCAGGUGCUCAUCUCGAACCUCAUGUUCUGGUAUCUCAGCGUCAUCAAUCGAUCCAACCAGGGGCAGCCCGGCGCCCAGCCUCAACAGGCCGGUCCGGGCCAGAGCAAUGUAGUCAACCCGGCCGGCGAUCCGAACGGCGACCAAGCUGCUGGCGCGGCGGCGGGAGGUGGCGCUGCCAACGGGUACAAUACUGCCUCUGCUGGAGCCCAUGCAUCCGGCCAUGUGGACAACUCGAGCGCCUACGACGGCAUCGAGACGUCGUCGAGCAGUGCCGAUUCCGAGGACGGCUCAAGCUCGGAAACAUGGUCACAGAACAGCGGAGCGGCAGGCAACGGAUCUGCGCUCAAGCAGAAGCGCAACGGGCUGGUCAAGCCGAACCGAGCGCCCGGCGGAGCAAAUCGAGGUCGAUCGGCCGAAACGCCGAUGAGGCAGCCAGGAUACGGGAUGCAGCACCGUCAGAUCGACGAUGACCUCAAGACCAUGGGCUCGCACUCGGGGACCCUGGGUGGACCCACGGGCUUUGUGGUCGGCCAAGUAGUCGACGCCAAGGCGCUCCAGGCCAAUACGCCGUAUCGGCUGGUGCCGGAUUCGCGAAGUGGCGAGAAUCUGGGCUACCAAGACCAGGUCCAGUCGGCUACGACGGACUAUCUGGGUCUCGGCACGCAGUUUGGGUCGUCCGAGCCGCUGUGGCAGGGCGCCGAGGCGGAGACAGCCGGCUCGCCGCCUCUGCAGGCUCUGCGAAAGACGGGUGGUGCACCGGACGCGGUUCCGUCGGCGGGCAAUGCGUCGGCAGAGGUGAAGCGCAGCUCAAGCCCCAACCGGCCGUAUCGCUCGGAGGCGGAGAAAGAGCGAGCCUGGCUGGGCAUGCGCAAUAAUACGGGGCGUGCUUCACCCACCGGCUCUGGCCAUGGGUAUGGCAACAUCUCGCAGCAGAGCGCCAACGAUGGCCGCGAGGGCUCGGAACGCGCUGUGCACGAGAUGCACCCGCAGGGCAGGAGCAUGUCUGUCGGCGGAAUCGGUGCGAUGGGCCGCAGCGGCGAUGUUUGGAGCGGUCAGCAAGGCGCGGACCGAUCGCGCAAGAUGUCGAUGGGCCAAAUGACGCCGUCGGCAUCGAGCCAGGGGCUCACGUCGUCGAGCAGCUCGUCGUCCAGCUCGUCGUUCGGGACGAUCGAUGAGGGGGCUUUGGGUUACGGCCUGCCGAGCUCGGCAAGCACAGGGGCGGUCCCGAACGGCCACAUCAACCUGCCGAGUGCACCGGGCUCGAGCGCCAUGCUGGAUGCAGCUAGGACGAGUCAAUCGCGCAGGAGAUAG